CUGCCCCGCAGCUUUUAUCGAAGCCACCGCGCGGUCCCUCCUCCCAACCUGUCCGCAGUCCCUCCGCUCAGCGCCGCUCGGAAAAAAAAAACGUCCACAGCAACAUGCAGGAUGGCGAGCGUGGAGACAGCAGCCGAACACGAGCGCAUCCUGCGGGAAAUCGAGAGCACGGACACCAACUGCAUCGGGCCGACGCUCCGGUCGGUGUACGACGGUCAGGAGCAUGGCCUCUUCAUGGAGAAGCUGGACGCCCGCAUCAGGAACCAUGACCGGGAGAUCGAGAAGAUGUGCAACCACCACUUCCAGGGCUUUGUGGACUCCAUCACGGAGCUGCUCAAAGUGCGGGGAGAGGCCCAGAAGCUGAAGAGUCAGGUGAUCGACACCAACGUACGGCUCCAGGAGGACGGCAAAUCGCUGGUGGGCUCCAUGGAGGAGCUGAAGAAGUGCCGCGUGCAGCAGAGGAACAUCGCCACCACCGUGGACAAGCUGACGCACUGCCUGCCAGUUCUGGAGAUGUACAGCCGGCUGCAGGAGCAGAUGAGAGCCAAGAGGUACUACCCGGCGUUACGGACGUUAGAGCAGCUGGAGCACACGUGUCUCCCCAGAGCCGGUCGGUACCGGUUCUGCACCAUCAUGUCGGAGAACAUCCCCAAGCUGAGGACGCAGAUCCGGGACACGGCCAUGACGCAGCUCAGAGACUUCCUGGAAAGCAUCCGCAAGCACUCCGACAAGAUCGGAGAGACGGCCAUCAAGCAGGCUCAGCUCCAGCGCUCCCUGGACAGCGGCGUCACCCUUCAGCCCAGGGCUCUGAUUGGCCGGCGCGGCAGGAAGGAGGCGGCGGGGACGGAGAGCGGCGGACACGGCGGCAGUCCCAUCUCUGAGCAGGACGCUGGUGUCCUGGACGUGGAGGACGAGGAGGCGGAAGAAGUCCCGGGAGCUCAGGACCUGGUGGACUUCUCCCCGGUGUACCGCUGCCUCCAUAUCUACUCCGUGCUGGGUUUGCGUGAUGUGUUUGAGAACUACUACAGAAAGCAGAGGAGGAAACAGGCUCGCCUCGUACUGCAGCCCCACUCUAACAUGCAUGAAACCCUGGAGGGAUACAGGAGGUACUUCAAUCAAAUUGUUGGCUUCUUCGUCGUAGAGGACCACGUCCUUCACACCACGCAGGGUUUGGUCAACAGAGCCUAUGUGGAGGAGCUUUGGGAGUUGGCCCUGUCCAAAAUCGUUGCCGCCCUGAGGACACACUCUUCGUACUGCGAUGACCCUGACCUGGUGCUGGAUCUGAAGAACCUCAUUGUCCUGUUUGCUGAUACUCUGCAGGGUUAUGGUUUCCCCGUGUCCCAGCUGUUCGACAUGCUGCUGGAAAUAAGGGAGCAGUACGGCGAGAUCCUGCUCAAGAGGUGGAACGUCACCUUCAGGCAGAUUCUGGACCAGGACAACUUCAGUCCAAUCCCAGUUUCAACAGAGCAGGAAUACAGACAGUACACUUCCCAGUUUCCCCUGCAAGACCCUGAACUGGAAAAGCUUCCUUUCCCCAAGAAGCUUCCCUUCUCUGAGUUUGUACCAAAAGCCUACUGCCAGAUCAAAGAGUUCAUCUACGCCUGCCUGAAAUACUCUGAAGACCUUCAUCUCAGUUCCACGGAGAUAGACGACAUGAUCCGCAAGUCGACGAAUCUGCUGUUGACCAGAACCCUGAGUAACUGUCUGCAGUACGCCAUCAAGAAGAAGAAUGUGGGCCUGGCAGAGUUGGUGCAGGUGAUCAUCAACACCACCCACCUGGAGCAGAGUUGCCAUUUCCUGGAGGAGUUCAUAUCCAACAUCACAAACGUUCCCCCCGACACGGCGAACGCCACCAAGCUGUACGGGACCUCGACAUUUAAGGACGCCCGUCAUGCUGCCGAGGCAGAGAUCUACACCAGCCUGAACGCCAAGAUCGACCAGUUCCUGCAGCUGGCUGAUUACGAGUGGAUGUCGCCCGCCCAGGCUAGCGGGAAUCUAGCGACCAGCGACUACCUGGUUGACCUGAUCACGUUUCUGAAGAGCACCUUCAGCGUCUUCACCAACCUGCCUGGGACGCCGGUAGAGCACGCUACCUUACCGGGGAAAGUGGCCCAGACGGCGUGCAUGUCGGCCUGUAAGCACAUCGCCACCUCCCUGAUGCAGCUGCUGCUCGACCCAGAGGUGCGGCAGAUCUCCAUCGGCGCACUGCACCAGCUCAACGUCGACCUGAAGGAGUGUGAGAGUUUUGCCAGAGCCGGCCCGGUCGCAGGCUUCCAGGGUGACACGUUGCUUCUGGCCUUCAGUGACUUGAGACAAUUACUGAACCUUUUCACCCAGUGGGAUUGGUCCACCUACCUGGCCGACUACGGCAAGCCCACCUGCAAAUACCUGAGAGUCAACCCACACACGGCGCUGGCUCUUCUGGAGAAGUUGUUUAAGCCGAUGAAGGAGACGAGCAGGAAGAACGUGGUCCUGGCCCAGUUCAAGAAGGCGGACAGGGACAGGCAGAAGCUCAUCGACGCCGUCAUCAAACAGCUCCGCAACCUCAUCGCGCAGCACCACGCCUAAACGGAGUCCGCUGAUUGGUCAGGAGGCCCAGAACAGCCCAUUCUUCCGUCAACGUGGCAAAAAUCUUGACUCCUGCAUCAAAAAUAAUCCCCACGGUCUCCAUCGUACCUCCUGCUCAUUAGCCGCUAGCUAACCUGCCGUCAGCGCCCCUCUUUCUGGUGUGAAUCGCGGGCUCUCCUGACUCCGGUAGCUAAUCGGAUGUUUUAGGAGCAUCUAAACAUGCUACAUCCUAAACUUCUCUCUGUUGCUCCUCUUUUUAACAUUAAUCAGGAGCUUUGAUCGUGUCGUACCCGAUGCAGCCGGGUUAGACGUUAGUUAGCCGCGCCGUGGUGGCAGGAGAGAUCGUAGAGGCGUAAAAAGGAUCCAUGGACGCCAUAUUUCUCCUGAAACUCUUACAUUUCCGUGACCGAGCCGGUCGGCUUAAGCCGGCGGCUUCGGUCCGGAUCGUUAUCGUCUUCCGCGCUUUUUACUCGUAGCACAACCAUAAAACACGUUGAAUGUACGUCUGAGAGAUUAUUCUGCUGUCUGUGAUGUUGUUGGGUUGCCUGGAACCUGGUGAAGCACUGAAAAUAAGGUCUGAGAACCAAGCAAAUACAGAAUGUUACUGCAAUAUCUUCAAAGUCAACAUGGCAACGGUUUUCCUCCCUAAAGGGAUUCAAAUAUUAGCGAGAAACUUUUUUUUAACGUGGCUGUAGUUUGGGUCCUGUGAAGUGGUGUUGAAUUAAACGUCUAAAAGUUAGCUUGGAGACAAAAGAUCCUUAAUUUAAGGAAUAGUUGGGAACGGGGUUCUAUGGAGGAAACAGAAGCAGUCACUGUCUUACCAGCGGUGGACUGGUGUCCAACCAUUAGGAAAACUGGGCCUAGUUUAUGGAGUAUUAGGGUUCUAAUUUGAAGUUGUGGUCCCAUGGUGCUGUUAAAAGCACUCAAUAUGUUAUCACUAGUGGACAACAGUCGGUGAUUUCAGUUUAAAGAAAAAUGCUAAUUAUUGGGAUUUAUUCUAAAGUGGGGUUCUGUGGAGCAGUUAUGAGCCCUCAGCAUCUUAUUUGCAGCAAACAGUCGUAAUAAUGUUAUUUUGCAUAAAUCUGGAGAACAAUAUUUGGGACUUUUGUUUAAGUGGGGUGAUGCGGAGGAGUCAUGGACAGUCAGUAUCUUACCAAAGUAGAUUCCUAUCUUAAAAUGAAAAAAAAAAAAAA